UUGGUCAGGUGACCGCGGCGCGGCAUACUCAGCGGCAGAAACGGAAGAACAGCGCUCCGGAGGCCGCGGGAGCCCGCAGAGAGGACAGCCGGCCUGCGCCGGGACAUGCGGCCCCAGGAGCUCCCCAGGCUCGCGUUCCCGCUGCUGCUGUUGCUGCUGCUGCUGCUGCUGCCACCGCCGCCGUGCCCUGCCCACAGCGCCACGCGCUUCGACCCCACCUGGGAGUCCCUGGACGCCCGCCAGCUGCCCGCGUGGUUUGACCAGGCCAAGUUCGGCAUCUUCAUCCACUGGGGAGUGUUUUCCGUGCCCAGCUUCGGUAGCGAGUGGUUCUGGUGGUAUUGGCAAAAGGAAAAGAUACCGAAGUAUGUGGAAUUUAUGAAAGAUAAUUACCCUCCUAGUUUCAAAUAUGAAGAUUUUGGACCACUAUUUACAGCAAAAUUUUUUAAUGCCAACCAGUGGGCAGAUAUUUUUCAGGCCUCUGGUGCCAAAUACAUUGUCUUAACUUCCAAACAUCACGAAGGCUUUACCUUGUGGGGGUCAGAAUAUUCGUGGAACUGGAAUGCCAUAGAUGAGGGGCCCAAGAGGGACAUUGUCAAGGAACUUGAGGUAGCCAUUAGGAACAGAACUGACCUGCGUUUUGGACUGUACUAUUCCCUUUUUGAAUGGUUUCAUCCGCUCUUCCUUGAGGAUGAAUCCAGUUCAUUCCAUAAGCGGCAAUUUCCAGUUUCUAAGACAUUGCCAGAGCUCUAUGAGUUAGUGAACAACUAUCAGCCUGAGGUUCUGUGGUCGGAUGGUGAUGGAGGAGCGCCGGAUCAAUACUGGAACAGCACAGGCUUCUUGGCCUGGUUAUAUAAUGAAAGCCCAGUUCGGGUCACAGUAGUCACCAAUGAUCGUUGGGGAGCUGGUAGCAUCUGUAAGCAUGGUGGCUUCUAUACCUGCAGUGAUCGUUAUAACCCAGGACAUCUUUUGCCACAUAAAUGGGAAAACUGCAUGACAAUAGACAAACUGUCCUGGGGCUAUAGGAGGGAAGCUGGAAUCUCUGACUAUCUUACAAUUGAAGAAUUGGUGAAGCAACUUGUAGAGACAGUUUCAUGUGGAGGAAAUCUUUUGAUGAAUAUUGGGCCCACACUAGAUGGCACCAUUUCUGUAGUUUUUGAGGAGCGACUGAGGCAAAUGGGGUCCUGGCUAAAAGUCAAUGGAGAAGCUAUUUAUGAAACCCAUACCUGGCGAUCCCAGAAUGACACUGUCACCCCAGAUGUGUGGUACACAUCCAAGCCUAAAGAAAAAUUAGUCUAUGCCAUUUUUCUUAAAUGGCCCACAUCAGGACAGCUGUUCCUUGGCCAUCCCAAAGCUAUUCUGGGGGCAACAGAGGUGAAACUACUGGGCCAUGGACAGCCACUUAACUGGAUUUCUUUGGAGCAAAAUGGCAUUAUGGUAGAACUGCCACAGCUAACCAUUCAUCAGAUGCCGUGUAAAUGGGGCUGGGCUCUAGCCCUAACUAAUGUGAUCUAAAGUGCAGCAGAGUGGCUGAUGCUGCAAGUUAUGUCUAAGGCUAGGAACUCUCAGGUGUCUAUAAUUGUAGCACAUGGAGAAAGCAAAUGUAAAACUGGAUAAGAAAAUUAUUUUGGCAGUUCAGCCCUUUCCCUUUUUCCCACUAAAUUUUUUCUUAAAUUACCCAUGUAACCAUUUUAACUCGUCAGUGCACUUUGCCAUUAAAGUCUCUUCACAUUGA